CGACCUCGAGUUGGAACUGCUGCCAAGAUGAGGUAAAAGCAGUCAGACGUGCCUUUCUGUCCGAUUCCCUUUGCUCCAUUCCCAUGACAUCCUUCAUUAUUGGCGCACAUAAAAACCGCAGUAUACCAACAGAAUGGAGGGACGAUGCGGAUCGUAAUUGCCCAUUCUGUCGUAUCAUCGCAGGCGAAAUGCCCUCGACGCGUCUGUACGAGGACGACAAGGUCAUAGCUAUUCUGGAUAUCUUGCCUUUGAGACGUGGGCACACUCUUGUUAUACCCAAAGCCCACUAUUCGCGGGUAUCAGAAUUACCCCCAGAAUAUGCCAGCGCAGUGGGGCAGGCUGUAACGAAAGUAGCGAAUGGACUGACGAAAGCAUUGGAUAAUACCGCACUCAAUGUGGUGUGCAAUCAGGAGUAUGCGCAAGCAGUGCCACACGUUCACUACCAUAUCAUUCCUGCCCCAUCAUUUGACUCGAGCGCAGGAGUAGAACCGUCGGAGAAAGCAAAGGAGAAGGAGAUAGCUUUAAGCCGGCGGGAGAUGCACCAGCGAGAAUUUGAGUCGAGGGAGGAGCUCGAUGAGGAUGAAGGGAAGGUCCUGGCUGUGAGGAUACGAGCUAAUCUGUAAUGGUACGGGACAACGUCCAUCUCGCUUAGUAUCUGAAAUAUAUCCUACUCUUAUUAUACCGCUGAUGUCAUCUCCCAGAAUCCUGUUGCUGUCAUGUAGGUAACACUCCUACAGUGAUGACAUAAGUAUGUACCGCCCAUCUUUGACAAUUGAUGUGUACUUCAUGCAUUACACUGGUCACGAUUGCCUUGCCGUAUUGGUUGCAAUAUCAUCCGCAUCUAGACACCUUCGGAUCUCAAAAGCCUUCCAAUUGUGCAGUGCCACAGCGCCCAUAAUACAAAACACUCCUCAUCUAGUCGGUCAUGAGAUCUCGAGAUAUAAACUCGGUCCCGCACAA